AUGGAAAACAGCGUUUUUAAAUUCUCGCAUCUCGUACCGACAAAGGAAAUUCUGUGUGGUUUCACUACCUGCAGUUCCGAACCUCUUCCCUCGAAUGUGCAAUUGAUAUCCCUGGAUGACACCGAACUUGGUGUACACAAGAUAUCAUCUUCAACGACCCACGAAAUCGUACGCCCGCCAAAGACUGACAAUGAGAAUAAACCACCUACAUUUGCUUGGGAGGCGUUGUAUCCCAAGAAUUCGAUCAACCCUUCUGGUCCUAUUCCGGGAGGAUUCGGGUUCUACCUUUCAGGACCGUCUGCCUUUGCAGAACGCCUACAAUUUGCAAAAGAGGCCAUUUUCAGCUAUAGGAUGAUGCUUCAAGGUGAAUGGGAAUGGGUCAAGGGCGGGAAAUUCCCUGGAGUGACCUGGCUUACGGAUGCACAGGCGGGAGGCAGGAAAAGCGCUGUCACUGUUUCAAUCUUCGUCCGAUGUGGAGGUAUGGUUCCCAAAAAUUCAGAACAAGCCACGACCAUAACACCUCACAGAGCAAAAUCCAUCGGAGAACUUUACGCAUAUCUUCCUCUAACUCAAUCCAACGAUUCACAGCUUUCUAGGGUCCCGCCUCUAUCAAUACCAAACGCUGAUUACGGCUUUUCGGUAGGUCGUGGCGCGUAUACUUUUGAUCGUGCGGUCUCGCGAUGGAUGUCGAUAGCUUUCCGAGUCAAACUGAAUGACGUCGGUGAAAACAAUGGCGAGUUUGAAUUAUGGAUCGAUGGCCAAAGUGUCAUGUUGGCGGAUGGGCUCUCAUUUAGAGAAAGAGAAGAGGGUAAAAUCAAAGGCAUGCACUUUCAGACGUUCUUUGGAGGGCACACAAAGGAAUGGGCGACACCGAAAGAUCAGCGAGCGUGGUUUUCAGAUGUAACAGGUGUAAUUGUACAAUAA